CGAAUUUUGAGACCUCCUCCUCGAACUUUUUGACUUCGAGAUUCCCGCGACACCAAUCCCAAGAGAAGCUGCCCGACAAGUUUCUUGUUCAAUCGACCAAAAUGCCCCCAAAGAAAGCCACCCGUCCCGCCCAGGAGAACAUCUCUCUCGGCCCUCAAGCCAGAGAUGGUGAACUCGUCUUCGGUGUCGCCCGUAUCUUCGCAUCUUUCAACGACACUUUCGUCCAUGUCACCGAUCUCAGUGGCCGCGAAACCGUCACUCGUGUUACCGGUGGUAUGAAGGUCAAGGCAGACCGUGACGAGUCGUCCCCAUACGCUGCUAUGUUGGCUGCUCAGGAUGUCGCCACUCGAUGCAAGGAACUGGGCAUCAACGCUCUCCACAUCAAGAUCCGUGCUACUGGAGGUAACGGCACAAAGACCCCAGGUCCAGGUGCUCAAUCCGCCCUCCGUGCUCUUGCCCGUUCUGGUAUGAAGAUUGGCAGAAUCGAGGAUGUGACCCCCACACCAUCCGAUUCUACUCGUCGCAAGGGAGGUCGCCGUGGUCGUCGUCUCUAGAUUUACGUGUAGAGAAAAAGAAAACCUUGCAAUGAUAUUCGUCCCGGUUGCGAUGUCUUGACUGUCUUCGCCCGUUCUAAAACAUUAUCUCGAAUCGCUGUUUUAGGCCCAUAUCCGUCCAUUGACCACGCUAUGCCGCCCAACGCCCUUAUAACCACAGUGACUGCUGUCCCUUGCUCAAACGCCAUUGAGAUGCACAUAUUGACCUCCUGAACACCCUGCUAAUCAAUCUGCCAACCGGAGCCAAAUGACAAUCAUCGCACAUAACUGCCAAUGAUCAAGCCAUUAUGAUCUUU